UGUAAAACGCAUACUAACUCGGCUGCUUCUGAUUAGAUUGUGAAAUAAUAGAAGUAAAUAAUUGUAAAAACGCAAACACAAACACACGUGCAGUACAAAUAAAUAUGCAGAAAAUGUUGGGCCGAUUGCAGGCUCAGGUCCUGCGUCCAAAUGUCACAUCGUUAGCGUUUGUUCUGCGCCAGAGCUCGACAGCCGCAGCAGCUGCCAAGCCAUCGACAAAAAAUCAAGCGACCACAUCAAAAGAAUUUCGUGAGCGUCAGGUACGUUUCAACAUCAAGAAUGAGCAUACAGAGGGGCGACCCUUAUACUUGGAUGCGCAGGCCACAACGCCAAUGGAUCCGCGCGUCCUGGACGCAAUGCUUCCUUAUUUGACCAAUUGCUUUGGUAAUCCACAUUCGCGUACACAUGCCUACGGCUGGGAGACAGAGCAGGCUGUGGAAGUCGCACGCGAACAGGUGGCCAAGCUAAUUGGCGCCGAUCCCAAAGAAAUUAUUUUCACAUCCGGCGCCACCGAAUCAAAUAAUAUAGCAGUGAAAGGCGUAGCCCGCUUCUAUGGCACCAACAGAAAGCAUGUGAUCACAACCCAGACUGAACACAAGUGCGUGCUGGACUCGUGCCGGGCACUGGAGAACGAGGGCUAUCGGGUCACCUACUUACCCGUGCAGGCCAAUGGCAUCAUUGAACUAAAACAGCUGGAGGAGGCAAUGACUCCGGACACAUCACUCGUUUCCAUUAUGACGGUCAAUAAUGAGAUUGGCGUAAAGCAGCCCAUUCAGGAGAUUGGCAAGCUGUGUCGCUCACGCAAAGUAUUCUUUCACACGGAUGCAGCGCAAGCUGUGGGCAAGAUACCCAUUGAUGUGAAUGCCAUGAACAUUGAUCUGAUGUCAAUAUCGGGACAUAAGAUAUAUGGUCCUAAGGGCGUGGGUGCUUUGUACGUGCGACGCCGUCCACGCGUGCGCCUCGAACCCAUUCAGAGUGGAGGUGGCCAGGAGCGUGGUCUACGCAGUGGCACCGUGCCCGCUCCCUUGGCUGUGGGACUGGGUACCGCAGCUGAAUUAUCAAUGCAAGAGAUGGAUUACGAUAAGAAGUGGGUGGAUUUUCUUUCGAAGCGUCUAAUGGACACCAUUACGAACUCUUUGCCGCAUGUGAUACGCAAUGGCGAUCCGGUGCACACCUACAGUGGUUGCCUUAACUUGUCCUUUGCCUACGUCGAGGGCGAAUCGCUGCUAAUGGCCCUGAAGGAUGUAGCGCUCAGCAGCGGUUCGGCUUGCACCUCAGCUUCGCUGGAGCCAUCGUACGUACUGCGAGCCAUUGGCACCGAUGAGGACUUGGCCCACAGCUCCAUACGAUUUGGCAUCGGACGUUUUACCACCAUCGAGGAGGUGGACUACACGGCCAAUAAGUGCAUUAAACACGUGGAGCGACUGCGCGAAAUGUCGCCCCUCUGGGAGAUGGUGCAGGAGGGCAUCGACCUGAAGACCAUCCAAUGGUCGCAGCACUAGUUACCCACAAUCGUUUAUUGUUGCAACCCAAGCAAAUAAUUAAAAUGCAUAGCUCGUUCGACGCAAAUG